ACCUCCACUUGAAGAAAAAUCAGUAAAACUUGGUUUUUGCCUUCCUUUUCUUGUUCAAGAACAAGAUUUGAGCUUAGAAACCUCCCCCCCCCCUCUGUAGAAUUUUCGGAUCUGCUUUGCUCUAUGUCCUCCAUCCGCUGCUCUUGCCAGUUUGUGGGUGCAAAUUCCUUUGAUUUUUUGGUAAGAACAGCCAUUAAAUUCUCUGUUUUUCCUUGAAUUGGCUUAGGUUUACUCUAAUUCCCCUUGGUUUCUCUAAUUUCCGCUGAAUUUCUCCUGCACUUCCAUCGGCCUUCCCCCAAACUGCAGCUCCGGUUUUUGCUGGAUUUCUAGUAUGUUGACAGCUCCUCCAAGCCCGAAAUUUCAUCAAUUAGUUGCUGAAUUUUGUCCAUUUAUUUGCUGCCCUGUGCUGUCCGAAUUUUCUGCUGGAAAUAGGGGAGAAAUUUGACAGUAAUUAGACCAUGAUUAACCUUAAUCCAUGUAUAAAUUGCUUGAGUUGGCUGCUGUGAUUUUGGAGGAAAAUCCCGAGUGUUUUAGCCCCUAUUUUUGCCAAAGCCGUGCUCUUCCCUUUUGCCGUGGGAUUGGGAAACCAAAUUGGUGAAAUUUGGCUCUAAAACCUCUUGUUUAAGAGAUUUUUGGAUAUUAUGAUUUUAUUUUAAAAUAUUUGGACCUUGGGUAGAUAUACGGUUUUUAAUAAAAGUGAGUUAUAUUAUGGUUGAAUUUUGUGUGAAGCUCAUUGAUUAGUAAAUUUGUGAGGUUGUGCUAAUAAUUCUAGUAAGGUCUGAAUGCAUUUAUUUGGAAUAUUAGGUGCUAUUAUGGCUUAGAGCACUGGGAUUGAGUCUUCGGUUUAUGCGAUUGAGGAAGCGAAGUCAAGGACAGGGAUAAACGAGGGAAGUGACGAGUUAGAAGGCUAGUCAUCUUGUAAAUUGAACAUAGAUUUUAGAUAUAAAUCAUGAUUUUGUAAGCUAGAUUUUAAUUGAAGAUUUUAUAAAUUCAUUGAAUGGAU